UGUGACGCGUUCCGCGCUUUCCGCCAGUCACGGUGAAAGAAGCUGCGGCUGGAGAUGGAGGUGUUCUGUCGCCUUCUUCACGACCCACCCACCCACCGACCGGACAACCGUCCGACGAAAGCUGCCGAGGCGGAGCAUGUAGAAAAAAUGAAGCCGAACAGAGUUACGCAAAAGCUUGGGAUCCAGCCUCCUUCCUUUGUCGAUAAAGUAAAUAAAAGGCAGAUGACUGGCUUUGUUCAAGACAGUGAGACUUCAAACAUUUCUUGUGAAGACUGGGGAAACCUACACUAUGAUUUGAUUCUGCACAUCUUCCAGUACUUGCCAUUGGUGGAUCGGGCUUGUGCAUCAUCCGUAUGCAGAACCUGGAAUGAAGCCUUUCACAUGCCUGAGCUAUGGAGACGGUUUGAGUUUGAAUUGAAUCAGCCAGCAACAUCCUAUUUGAAUUCCACUCACCCGGAUCUUAUCCAGCAGAUAAUCAAAAAACAUGCUGAUCAUUUGCAAUAUGUCAGUUUUAAGGUUGACAGUAGCACUGAGUCUGCAGAGGCAGCCUGUGAUAUCCUUUCACAACUGGUCAACUGUUCAGUAAAAACCCUGGGACUGAUCUCCACAGCAAGGCCUAGUUUCAUGAAUUUGUCAAAGUCACGCUUUGUAUCAGCUCUGACUGUGGUGUUUGUCAACUCCAAGUCACUGUCAUCGAUCAAGAUUAAUGAUACACCAAUAGACGAUCCAUCUCUAAAGGUUUUGGUAGCUAAUAACAGCGACACCCUGAAACUGUUGAAAAUGAGCAGUUGCCCUUAUGUUUCACCCGCAGGCAUUCUCUGUGUGGCAGACCAGUGCUAUGGCCUGAGAGAGCUGGCGCUAAACUAUUACCUUCUGAGCGAUGAGUUGCUCUUGGCCCUUUCCAGUGAAAAGCAUGUUAAUCUAGAACAACUUCGCAUCGACGUGGUGAGUGAGAACCCUGGAGAGACACAAUUUCACAGCAUAAAAAAGAGUAGCUGGGAUGCUCUCGUUAAACACUCUCCAAAAGUCAACAUCGCAAUGUACUUCUUUCUGUACGAAGAAGAGUUUGACCCAUUUUUCCAUGACGAAACCCCAGUCACACACAUCUAUUUUGGCCGUGCGGUCAGUCAGCAGAUGUUGGGUCGGAUUGGAAUGAACUGUCCGAGAUUGAUCGAACUGGUGGUCUGUGCAAAUGGUCGCCAUCCUCUGGAUGAUGAGCUGAUUUGCAUUGCAGAGCGUUGUAAGAACCUAACUGCUCUAGGUCUGGGUGAAUGUGAGGUAUCAUGCAGUGCAUUUGUAGAAUUUGUGAAGUGUUGUGGAGGACGGCUAACCCAGUUAUCCAUCAUGGAGGAAGUGCUGAUACCAGAUCAGAAAUAUAACGUGGAACAAAUCCACUGGGAGGUUUCCAAAUAUCUGGGAAGGGUAUGGUUCCCAGAUAUGAUGCCCACAUGGUAAAGUUGGUGCAUGUUAUUUAAAAUGGACAAUGAGAAACACUUUACUCUGCUUCAUCAGCAAAUAAAGCAUACUUAUAAAUACAUCUGCAUCCUAAUAAGAAUGAAUAAACUAAGAGUUGUGAAAGCCAAGAUCUGUUGGAAUGCACUUUGAGUAUGGAUUCUGAACUGACCAUGUUCGUGACUGGUUCGAACUACUUGCAGAUUUUCUCAUUUCAAAACUAAAUUGUUUUUUGUAUUUCCUUCAUUUGGCUUUUUGCUCAUGGUCUGAAAUGAUUCUCUUGAAAUGAUCCUCACUGCCCCCCGCUUCCUUCCAACUCUACGACCACAUCUUAACCCACACCCAUUACCACAGCCACGUUUGCUUUCUUGGGACUUGCCAGCACCUCCAUCUUGUACCUCAUGGAUUCCAGUUCCCUACCUCCCAGUUCGGACCCAACCCGGACUAUAGAUUCUGUCAGGCACGGAUCUCCUUCCGUGCCCUGCGUUUGACUCUGGCUACUGCCGGCACCAGCAGGAUCGUGCUUUGACUCUGCCGCAACUUCAGGCCUCACUCACCCACACCUGCAACGGACCCCAACUAUACUUCAUCCUAUGGCAGAUCCACGUUUUGAAUAAACGAUUCCUUGCCUACUUGGACUCCACCAAGGACCGUAAACUUGCCCGCUUCCAGGCCGCUCCUGCCACCGACUCUCCGCGACUCGACCGUCUGCAGGCCCCGGGCCCCAACGUUGGCCCGUGCCGCCCGCCCAAACACUACCAAGCCCAGUCCUGCGACGCCAUCUUUGCCACGAGGAGCAGCACCAACACUCACUGCCUCCCUGACCGAUCUCAGGCCCGGACCACCGAGACGUCGCCGACUUCCACAUGGCCGCUGCUGCCGAAUUUCACCGACCCACCGAUGACGCCGAACCUCGCAGCCUCACUGGGACCUCUGACUAUCGCCGCCUCACCGGGACUGCCAACCCUCGCCACCUCACCGGUACCUCCGACUAUUGCCACCUCACUGAUAACGCCGAUCCUCGCUGUCUCCCUGGGACCGCAGACCCUCGCCGCAUUACCGGCCAUCCGCUGGCCGGGACUUCCGACGCUUCGCCCGCUGACCCGGACUCCACUCCCCCGCGGGCCUCCACCAGUGACUCUACCGGCCCUCGCCAUUCCACCAUCCACUGGGUCUUUCCCUUCUCCCCUGUACCAUAUGAUCCCAGCGCCUCUCCACCCACACCAUUGUCCUCAAAUCUCCCUCCUUUCUGACCACCCACCUAUCAGACAUCGUCUCGGCCUCCGUCCACUCACCUGCCUUCCUCCGGCCCCAACCCACGGAGAGGCGACUUUUUCCAUGUCGCAUCCCUCGCGGCCUAACACCAUGGAUUGGUGCAGCCUUUCCCGGAGUCGGGCCCGGAGUUUCAGCAGCGGGCGCAGUGUGGACUUUUCAUCGCGGAGCCGGUGAGCCCUUGCCGGGGUCGCCAGAAGGCAGUGCUCUGAUCGCUGGCCCACGGACUGUUACAGCCUGAAGCCGUGGUCUGCGGAGCUUCUAGCCGCGGGCGGGGACCCCUUGCUAGGGAUGGACGGGGAAGAACUCCGAUCGACGGCCAGUGGGAGGUAUGAGGCCCCCAGAAAGCGCCGAUUUGGAACCUCCAAGCCGCGACCUUCCCAACGUCGGAGUUUCAACUAUCCCAACGUCGGAGUUUCAACCAUCCCGACGAGAGGGCCUGUACAUCAGGCCGUCCGUCGCGGCGACUACGGAGAUUAUGUCCCCGACCAAGGGUGAACAAUGGAGGAGAACUGACUGUAUUUUGUGCUUUCCAACACAGUGAAGAAUGCUGUUGUGGAUGUUUGUGUUUAAUUCUAUUGUGUAUUGUGUGUUUUUUGAUUGUACUGCUGCUGGCAAAUUCAUUUCACUGCACUUAUAUGUGUAUGUGAUGAAUAAAACUGACUGAACCCCCA